AUGGCGGUCGAACGUGCGACCAAACGCGAAAUGGCGGUCGAACGUGCGACCAAACGCGAAAUGGCGGUCGAACGUGCGACCAAACGCGAAAUGGCGGUCGAACGUGCGACCAAACGCGAAAUGGCGGUCGAACGUGCGACCAACGCGAAAUGGCGGUCGAACGUGCGACCAAACGCGAAAUGGCGGUCGAACGUGCGACCAAACGCGAAAUGGCGGUCGAACGUGCGACCAAACGCGAAAUGGCGGUCGAACGUGCGACCAAACGCGAAAUGGCGGUUUGCGACCAAACGCGAAAUGGCGGUCGAACGUGCGACCAAACGCGAAAAUGGCGGUCGGACGCGACCAAAACGCGAAAUGGCGGUCGGACGCGACCAAACGCGAAAUGGCGGUCGAACGUGCGACCAAACGCGAAAUGGUGGUCGAACGUGCGACCAAACGCGAAAUGGCGGUCGGACGUGCGAAAUGGCGGUCGGACGUGCGACCAAACGCGAAAUGGCGGUCGAACGUGCGACCAAACGCGAAAUGGCGGUCGAACGUGCGACCAAACGCGAAAUGGCGGUCGACAUAUGUCCGAGUAUUAUGGAGGUGUUUUAA